CUAUAACACUAACACUAUAACACUAACAUAUAUAACACUAUAACACAGCAUAUAAUAGUGUAAUUCAGUCACUCUAAUCAAUACUCUUAACUUAACUAUUAAGUCUUUACACCAGUGACUCGCGCACAACACUACCUAUUCUAGUGCGGCAUGGGUCUACAACCAUAAAUACUCUCAGACUAUACGAUCUCAUAUAAACUAUACAGCUACCAAUACUAACCCCACAACAAUUACCAAUACUAAUGCCACUAUGAGUGAUAUAGCCUUAUCAAGAAUAGCUCACUUACUCAAAGUGGAAGAUGACCUAGUGAAAAUCCCCGAAUUAAAAUCUCAAUUCCUUAAGGAAAAGGCAUCAAUUGAUAAUAAACUUAGUUCAACUACUCAACAACAAAUUGAUUCAUUAAUGUCAAAUAUUUCUAAACUUAAUGAAGCAUCAACUAGAAUUAAUUCAAUUAAAGGAAAUAUCAAUCGAAUUAAUCAAAUCUAUGAUGAAAGUAUUACCAAUAUAAAAGAUUAUUCAACUAUACAAAAGAUGUCUAAUGUAUCACAAUUCUUAAAUCAAGUAGAAAAUUUAUAUGAAGAUAUUCGAAAUUAUUCCCAAGUAUUAAAUAAUUUAAAUUUAAGAAUUGAACAAGAAUUACAAAAUUUAAGUUCAGAUCUUUCAUAUCCAUUACCAAAUAUACUAUCAAUACAUUUUGAAUAUACUAGAAUUCGAAAUUUUCUGGAUUAUUUAGAAUCUUAUUGUACUAAUUUAUCUGAUGAUUUAAGAGCUUAUGUUAAUAAAGUUACUAAAAUGACUAAAACAACCAUUAGAUUAUUUGAUGAUUUAUUAAAAGAAGUUAUUGUAAGUUUAACAGAAGCAAUUAAAGAUGAAAAUGUUGAAUUAGUUUAUAAAUUAGUUAAAAUUAUUGAAUUUGAAGCUAAUGAAGAUUUAAAAUUUACUUUAAUGAAUAAUUUAGGAUUAAAUAAAGUAUUAGAUCCUAAAACUAUUGAUUAUGUAAAUUUUAGAGGUAAUAAAAGAAAUUAUAAGAAAUUCUUUUAUAUAAAAUUAGAAGAAAGUCUUGAUGAAACUUUUAAUGAUUGUAUAAAACAUUAUCGAGAUGAUCCAAUGCAAUUAUAUGAUGGAGGAUUAGAUUGGUUAGAAGAUGAAUUAAGAUUUGUAUUUCAAAGAUUAAAUCCAAUGUUACCAACUAAUUGGGAUGUAGAAUCUUUCUUUCAAAAUGUUUAUUAUAAUAGAUUACAUAAAUUUACUAUGGAAGUUAUAAAGACUGAUCCUCCAGCUGAAGAUUUAAUGAGAAUUUUAAAAUAUGAUACUUAUUAUAGUAAAUUUUUAACGGCUUUACAAAAUUUAGAUACUCCUGAUAAAUCUAAAAGAAAAUCAGUUAUUAAAAAGGAACAAAAAUCAAUUAUUGGUGAAGAUUUAAAGAAUAGUGUAUUAGAUGAUUAUUUAAAAGUUAUUACUUCAAAACUGGAUGAAUGGACUGAUAAUUUAAUUAAAUUAGAAUCAGAAAAUUUUGUUGAUAGACUGGUACCACCAGAUAUUUAUCAUUAUACUCAACAAAUUGAAGAUGAAGAUGCUCAUGAUCAAUUAAUUACUGUAGAUAUUACAAGUGAUGUUUAUGUAUUACCUGAUUUUAAUUCACCUUUAACUAUGCUUAAAGGUCAAGCUGAUGUAGCAGCUGAAUCAGGUUAUUCAAAAAUAUUAGCUGGAGUAAUUGAAAAUUUUUCAAAGGGUUAUAUUAAAAGAAUUAUUAAUUUUCAAAAAUUAAUUGAAGAUGAAGUGGAAAAAUAUAUGUCAAUUUAUAAUACUGAAAGUUAUUUAAUUAAAGAAAGUAAAGCUAAAAGAUUAUUUCGUGGAUCUCAUAAGAAUAUUGAUCAAAAGAAUUUUGAAAAUAUGACACCUGAACAAUUAUCUGAAAUAUCUAAACCAGCAUUAGUUGAAUAUCUUGCUGCUUUAGGUAAUACAUUUGAAAUUAAUACUGAUAGAUUACUGGAUAAAUUUUUACCAGAAUAUCAAGAAAAAGUUCAUACUGCUUAUCAUAAUAGAUUAACUCAAGCUAUUGAAGAAACAGUUAAUCCAAGUACUGAAUUAAAUGCUCAAAUUCUUCGAGCUAUAGUUGAUAUUAUAGUUAAUGAUUUAUAUCCAACAUUAUCUAAAGUAUUUACAAAAUCUUGGUAUGAAGAUGGACAAAAUGUUACAGGAGAUUCAACAUCUGGUGCAACUAUUAUUGCAGAAACUAUUGCUGAAUAUAUGGGAGAAUUAAGAGGUUAUGCAACUUAUGAUAUUUAUUCAUUAACCUUUAAUAUAUUAUUAGAUUCAUUUAUAUCUGAUUAUAUAAGAAUUGGUUAUGAAAAUGUAUUACAUGGUGAUGGUAAAAGAAUUGAUCCAACAGCAAUUAAGAAAUAUAAAUCAUUUUCUGAAGCAGUUGGUAGAGAUAUUACCAUAUUUUAUACUAAACUUCAACCAUUAUUCACAAGAAAGGAUACAGCAUAUUUAAUGAAUAGUUUAAGAGCCAUUGAAUUCCUUGGUGAUUUAGCAACUUGUGAAGAUCCAAUGACUUUUAUCCCUCAAAUUUGGGAACAUGAAAUUUUACUCACUUUCUAUUAUUGUCCCGUAGAAUAUGUUCGAGGCAUUUGUUUAUGUCGUAAGGAUAUGGAUAAACGUCAAGUUGCUCAGUUAUGUGAACAAUUAGUGGCUAUUCAAAAGGAUUUCCAAUCGAGAGUAGAAGCCCCGGAAAUGCCUAUUGCUACCUUGAACGAUUUCACUUUUAAAGAUUAAUGAAUAUAUAUAUAUAUAUAAAUAUAUAUAGAUAGAUAGAUAUAU